AUGGAAGUAGAUCCGGCUGCUGGGAGCGCUGAUCGGGAGCGUGGCACAGCGCGGAGGCCGCGGCGCUACAUCACCCCUGGAGACAUCCGCAAGUCCUCUGAGAGAUUUAGGACGCAACCCAUAACCACUGCAGAGCGGCUAGAGUCUGAUAGGUCUCGUCUGAGUCCAACCGAGCUACAGAACCCAGAAGCUGACGAAGAGAAGCUUGAUGAGAGAGCUAAGAUGAGUGUGGCUGCUAAGAGGUCACUAUUUAGGGAGCUGGAGAAAACCACAGAUAGCGUCCCCAAACCGCGGUCCCGUAACCCUGCCGUGGAGAGGCGCCUGAGACGAGUCCAAGACCGUGCGCGCACACAGCCUAUCACCAAUGAGGAAGUGGACAUCGCUCACACCCUGCAGGAGGCAUCGCAGCACGGCUCUAUGGUGCGGAGCAGUGGAGAGCAGGACGGGGAGAAAGAAAGGGAGAGGGAGGCCCAGCCUAAAGGAGAUGGAGCAGGGCCUGGGCCUGGCCCUGAGGAGAUAAUGGAGGACCUGGGUCCAGAUGAGCCCGACCUUUCAACUCUCAGCCUUGCAGAGAAGAUGGCCCUGUUCAACCAGCUGUCCCAGCAGCCCUCAAAGCCUGCUGCAGAGGGGGCCGGGGCCUCCAGGGGCGACACCCGCCAGCGCCGAGCCAAUAGCCGCUUCCAGACCCAACCUAUUACCCAGGGAGAGGUGGAUCAGCUGCAGAACGGAGGGGGAGGGGUCAAGCUGGAGCCGCUGUCUGCCUCUCUGGUCCGCUCCGUGGCAGCCGUCACCUCCCAGGUCUCGGUCGCCACGAGCAGCAACCACAGCAGCAGGCUCACAGUAGAGGAGCCGGAGAGAGAGGAGGAGACAGUGGCGUCGCUCCUGGACAGACAGCAGCGCUAUCAGCCCCCAGCCCCAGAGCCCCAGUCCCAGCCGCGGCACGCCAACAGUAGCCAGCGGGAGUCCGUCGAGCUUCCCUCUUCGAGGCACGGGAGGGACACCGAGCACACCAGUGUGUCAUUGAGAACUGUGACAACAGCGUCAGCGUCCAGGAGUGUCUCUCACACCUCCAGUAACCAGCAGAAACAGCAGCAGAUCCAGUCUUUCACCCAGUCUCCCCCACAAACUGAGCCCCAGCCCUACUCCAAACCUCACCGGCACUUCACCCAGGAACCGCCAGCCCAAUCCCAGCCCAAGCCCCAGGAAAGGGAGAGGAGCGUCACCCAGCCACUUCCCAAGUCUUACUCUCAGCUAAUCCCACACACUCAACCCAGUCCCCAGUCCUUAUCCCAGCCUCCUCCUCCCCAGACCGCCCCCCAGACUCUGCCCAAGCCCGCGUCCUUCCCUCAGCCGCUGGUCAAGUCUCAGUCCCUGCCUCUGGACUACAGUGACGACAUCACAGGACACAGUGUCUCCGACCUCCUCUCCCCCGGCGAAACAGAACUCUCAGAGAUGUCCUCCAAACAGAUGUCCAUCAAAGAAAGGCUGGCCCUGCUGAAGAAGAGUGGUGAAGAGGACUGGAGGAACAGGAUCAAUAAGAAGCAGGACGUGGUGAAGGUGGCUGUGACUGAGAGACACUCCACAGUACAAGGACAGGGAUGGGAGGCAGAGCAGACCUACAAGAAGAAGGAGGAAGUGAUGGUCAUUGAUGAGUUCGCUGCUGUCACUGUGUCUGACCAGCUGUGGAGGAUGGGAGAGGAGAUGGAGAACCAGGCUCAGAUGUCCAUAGAGGAGAGGAAGCAGAUGAUCUCAACACGGGAGGAGUCCUGGGUGUCUAAAGGCAAGGGGGUGGCCAAUGACUCCACCCAGUACACUGUGGCUGCACGCAUGGUCAAGAAAGGUCUGGCAGCCUCCUCCUCAGCCAUCAGCCCCAUCCUGUCUCCUGUCUCCACCAAACUCAAGAGCAACGUGCCUGUCAUCAAACCGCAGGAGGAAAUCGAAGCCAGACCAGAGAUGAACUUGGAGUCGGAUAAAAAGCUGGAUAAAUUGGAGACAUUUUUGGGACGUCUGAACAGUAAAGUGGCAGGUCUUCAGGAGACCACUCUGACCGUGACAGAGAAGGCUGUGAAGGAGGUGAUGAGGAUGGACGAUGAGAUCUUCUCCAAGUUCUACCGUCACGUGGCUGACUUCCCACGCAUGCCCAGCAGGAUCGAGAUCGACGAGGACUUUGAUGCCAUCUUCGGCACUCAGGCGCCCAAGUUGACCUCAGCCAUAGCGCAGCACAAACGAGCAGUGAGACCAUCGAGGAACGUCCGGGCGUCUAAGAACCCUCUGAAGAUGCUGGCGGCCAGGGAGGACAUCAGACACGAGUACACUGAGCAGAGACUCAACAUCGGCCUCAUAGAGAGCAAGAGGAUCAAGGAUGAGAAGAUGAGUAAGACUUCGGAGUACUCGGACGCGGCCCUGGCUGGACUGGCCAGUAAGGAGAACUUCAGCAACGUGAGUCUGAGGAGCGUCAACAUCUCCGAGCAGAUGUCCAACAACAGCGCCGUGCCAUACAAGAACCUCAUGCUGAUGCAGGUCAAAGGCCGCCGUCACGUCCAGACCAGACUAGUGGAGCCCAGAGCCUCGGCCCUGAACAGUGGUGACUGCUUCCUCCUGGUUACUCCUCAACACUGCUUUGUUUGGAUGGGAGAGUUCUCUAAUGUCAUCGAGAAAGCCAAAGCUUCUGAGCUGGCAUUGUUCAUCCAGACUAAGAAGGAUCUGGGCUGCAGAGCGAGCCAGAUCCAGACCAUCGAGGAGGGGGUCGACCCCCAGAGCCCUGCGGCCACAGAGUUCUGGAAGAUCCUGAGAGGAGAGCAGACCUACCAGUCUGCGGGGCCACCAGAGGAGGAUGAGCUGUUUGAGAGUGCCAUAGUGGAGACUAACUGUAUCUUCCGUCUGCUGGAUGACAAGCUGGUUCCUGAUGAUGACCAGUGGGGGAAGGUUCCUCACAGCACACUACUGGAGUCCAAAGAGGUGUUGGUGUUUGACUUUGGCAGUGAGGUGUAUGUGUGGCAUGGUAAGGAGGUGACUCUGGCCCAGAGGAAAGUAGCCUUCCAGCUGGCUAAACACCUGUGGAAUGGAACCUUUGACUACACCUGCUGCGAUAUCAACCCUCUGGACCCUGGAGGAUGCAAUACACUCAUACCCAGGAAGGGCCAGGGCCGUCCUGACUGGGCCAUAUUCGGCAGGCUGACAGAGCACAAUGAGACUACCCUGUUCAAAGAGAAGUUCCUGGACUGGGCAGACACUAAGAAACCCCAAUCAAAGAACACCAAUGAGCAAGUCAGUGAGCAGAAGGAGAUGCCGGGGCGGGAGUGCAGGCCGUACGAUGCAGCAUUGAUGCUGCCUGUACUCCAGACAGCAGUCAGCACUGUGCUGGACGGGAUGAACGUGGGCCGAGGCCACGGCUCUAUAGAAGGAGAGGACAGGAUGAGGACUCUAGAGAUCAGCACGGUGUCGGUGGAUGUCUGGCACAUCCUGGAGUUUGACUACAGCCGGCUACCCAAGCAGAGUAUAGGCCAGUUCCACGAGGGAGACGCGUACGUUGUGAAGUGGAAGUACAUGGUGAGCGCAGCAGUUGGGAGGAGGCAGAACCCGGAGUUGAGGAGUGCGGGCCCUGGCAAAGAAAAGUGCUGCUACUUCUUCUGGCAGGGACGGCACUCCACCGUGAGCGAGAAAGGAACGUCAGCACUGAUGACAGUGGAGCUGGAUGAGGAGAGAGGGGCACAGGUCCAGGUACAGCAGGGGAAGGAGCUCCCUUGUUUCCUCCAGUGUUUCAACGGGGGGAUGAUCAUACACUGUGGGAAGAGAGAGGAGGAAGAGGAGAACACACAGACUGAGUGGCGUCUGUACUGCGUGCGAGGGGACGUCCCGGUCGAGGGCCACCUCCUGGAGGUAGUGUGUCACUGCAGCAGCCUGCGCUCCAGGAGCUCCAUGAUCCUCCUGAAUGUGAACAAGGCCCUCAUUUACCUGUGGCACGGCUGCAAGGCCCAGCAACGCACACGCCUGGUGGGCCUCACCGCCGCGCAGAGGAUCAAAGAACAAUGUCCGUUGGAGGCGGGGCUCCAUAGCAGCAGUAAGGUGACCAUCACCGAGUGUGACGAGGGAUCAGAGCCCACUGGAUUCUGGGAUGCGGUCGGUAGGAAAGACAGGAAGGCCUACGACUGUAUGCUGCAAGAUCCGGGUAAAUUUAACUUCACCCCUCGGCUGUUCCAGCUGAGCAGUUCUUCUGGGGAGUUUGUAGCCACAGAGUUCUACCACCCCUCCAGAGUUCCAGACCUGGUCAGCUCUCUGCCCUUCCUUCAGGAGGAUCUGUACCAAGCCUCCCAGCCGGCUCUGUUCCUGGUGGAUAACUUCCAUGAGGUGUACCUGUGGCAGGGCUGGUGGCCCCAGGACAGCGAGAGCCCAGGCUCCGCCAGGAUACGAUGGGACAUGGACAGGAAGUGCGCCAUGGAAACGGUGCUGCGGUACUGCAAAGAGAAGAAUGAGAAGAAGCCUCAGAAGUCGUAUCUGAUCCAUGCUGGUCUGGAGCCUCUCACCUUUACCAACAUGUUUCCCAGCUGGGAGCACAGAGAGGACAUCGCAGAGAUCACUGAGAGGGAGGCGGAGGUGUGUAACCAGAUCAUCUUGGUGGAGGAUGUGCUGGCCAGGCUGUGCCAGAACACCUAUCCCCUGGCUGAGCUGCUGGCACGUCCCCUACCUGGGGGCGUCGACCCCCUCCGCCUGGAGAUCUACCUAUCAGACCAGGACUUUGAAGUGAGUUUAAGUCCAGCUGCAGUUUGCAUUAAAUACACAAUGUGGUGAGACCACACCAUUCAGCACCAACACACCCUGUGAGAAAAGUAAACCUUGAUUUAAGACUGAAUGGGCUGGUUUCCCAGACAAAGGUUAGGCCUAGUCCCGGACUAAAAAACUAAACCUUUGUCUGGGAAAUAUUUCCAAAUGUUGUUUUGUUGAAAUCAAUGCAUUGCAGUCAUGUUCAUAUCUGAUGCAUGCAGUAUGUCCAUGUUAAACAUAAACCAGAGUGUGUGUGUGUGCGUUCGUGUGAGGCGUGUGUGAUCCCCUCUGUGUGUGAUGGAUGAAAAGGUCAAAGGGAUUUCCACAGAUAAGAAGCUCAACACAAAAGCAGAACAUGUGAGAAGCAGCACCUUGCUUCCUGGCUGCGGCUCGGAAUAAGAGCUGUAUCUGUCACACUGUGUCCUGUACAUGUACCGAUAGUGACAGCGGUGCAUUCCAAAUACCACCCUAUUCCCUUUAGUGCACUACUUUUGACAUAGCCCUGGCCAAAAGUAGUGCACCAUAUAGGGAAUAGGAUGCCAUUGGCGAUGGAGAGCGAGAGAGACAGACUGGCCCAGUCAGGUCACCCUCCAUUUCACACAUUACCUCAAUCUGGGUGCACUCCUCUUCUCUCCCACCAUUCAACAAGAGAGAGGCCCUCUCCGUUUUGUGUUUCUCUAUUUACAGAAUUCAACACACACUGAAGGAGGACAGAGUGGCUCCAGCGUCGGAGCCCACUCUGUGUACUCAGGAAAUGAGUUCUCGCUCUCCUUGGGCGUCAACUCCCCUCCUCAAAUAGUGUGACCAUGGUUACAAUGAGGAGAGAGGGCCCGGAGAGCUGCUUGGUCUUUGGUCUGUAGCAUGCCAAUGGCACAGAUACCAGGGGCUGUAUGUAUCAAAGCGUUUCAGAGUGGUGAUCUAGGAUCAGUUUAGCCUUUUAGAUCACCAAUGAAUACGAUUACAUGGGCAGAGAUCCUAGAUCAGCACUCCUACUCUGAGAUGGUUGACACCUACUGAUGUAAUUUGUGAUUAUCUUACCGUCAUUACUUUCAGCUCCCUGUUGAUGUCUAAUAGCUCUGUAAUACACUCUUAGUCCAGGCUAACUUCUCCUCUCACCUUUCAGGCUGGGUUCUAGGGGAUUCAGGUAAGAAAGCAUUGGACAUGAAGAGAGAGGAGUACGAAGGAUUACCAGGGUGGAAGCAAGUGAACUUAAAGAAAGCUAAAGGACUGUUUUAGUGUAAAGUUAAGCUGAUGAUGAUUGUGGAGAGAGAUUAAAUGCAGCACGUCUUGGACGACAGUGGAAGUUGAUACAAAUGCUGCUUUAUUGUUAAAACCAACGUUUCUGGCUCCGGGCCUUCAUCAGGUUGGUUGUGGAGAGAGAGGACGCAGAGACUGUUGACAUGAUGGAGGCCACCAAGCUGUCCCGCCUCAGCACUUCCCAGCGGCGUGAAUGAACCCCAGUAGUGGCUGGUGGUACUUUAACAAUCAGUGGAUGGGCUCAUCAUUUCAGUUGAACGGAAUCAUUGGAAAGGUAUCAAACUCAUGGUUUCCAAGUGUUUGAUACAAUUCCAUCCACUUCAUUCCAGUCAUUGUUAUGAGAUAUCCACCCCUCACUAGUUUCCUCUCCUGAACACACUCUCAGGGACAGCUUCUCUGAGUGGGUCACAGGGGGGGGGGAAAGGAAAGGAGGCUGGGGUAGAGGAUCUGCUGAGGUGUGCUAGCGUCAUGUAGCAUAUUGUUUUUACCUUUCAGUUAUGUAACUAUGUAGGAAAGUGAAAAUUCUGCUUAGCACAUUGUAUGCGAGUGGGUUUAUCAGGUACUGUACAAAGCAGGACCUGCACUCUCUCUCUUUUUCUCUCUCUGCUUCAUACUGUACGACAAGUCUCCACUUAUUAUGACACCGCUCAUGCCAUAUGAAGUGAAGAGGAAAUUCAGCAACUCUUUGAGGACAGUGGAAGUUGAUAAAAAGGCUUGUUUAUUGUUAAAAAUAAACCAACGUGUUUAAAUUGGUCGGUAGCCUUCAUCAGGGUUUAACAGAUAGAAGAACAAUGGAGGGCAGAGUUUCAUGCCAUGGACAUAUGAAUGACAUACACACUGAUGUGGUCUCUGGGUGUGAUGUUUUAACUGUUGUGUGUGUGUUUGUGAAGUAUUUAGAAGAAUUUGUAUUUAUGUAAAAAACAAUAUUUAAAAAAUCUGGUAGAAAGACAACGUAUUCAACUUGAAAGUACUGUGUAAUAUCUGUCAGUAGGAGUGUUUUUUUUUUCUUGUCAAAAAGGUGUAAACAUGCCAAGUAUGUACCUUUUUUGUUUUGCGUUCUCAAAUAUGGUACCUGCCUGGGGCUGUCAUAAUGACAUCUAACCUUUACAGGUACCUGAGAAAUGACAAACGGCUGUAUUUUUUAAAGGCAUGGAAUUCUUUGUGAAAAACACUUGAUGAAUGUUGAAUGUAUAGUGCCUUGCUUUUGUGUACAGUUUAUAUACAGAAAUUCUAGUCUGCAUUUCAAAGACUUUCUUUGUGAUAAAUAGUAAAUAAACAACAAUAAAUCCCAAAAUCCAAA